AAAUUAGUGCACCAUAUUAAUAUAUACGUACAUAAAUUUGCAGGGAUGAGAAAAAGAAUGUGGGUGCGUCAGGUGGCAGUCCAUCAACAUGGAAGCAUUAUAUGGCAGUACACCAAAUUAUUGGGGGAACCGCUGUUAACAAUGCGGAAGUGCACGAGUCAUUUUUAUUAGACACAAUACUUAAUGAAUCCAGCCAGUCGGUAGUAGCACCAUCUCCAUCGCCUCCGUUAGCACCGUCAACACCUUCACCAUCGCCAUCCAUGGAAGCAGCAUCGACGCCCUCGCCAGUACCACUGCUUUCAGUAUCAGCUGUGUCGCCUGGUGAUUCAUCUGCACCUGCUUCUUCUGGAAGAAAAAGAAAACGUUCGGGAGAAGUGAUCAGAAUCAUGCAGGAACACACAGAAUUGCUAAGGAGUGUUGUGCAUGAUACCAAGGUGCUAACAAAUGAGGUUGUUACUGCCAUAAGGGAGCAAAAUGACACCUCGAAAGAGUUUAAAAGUUAAUGAAGGUUUUAAUAGAUAAGAUUUAGAAAAUAAGUGUACAUACACUCGUCGUAAUAGCUAUAAAUCCACCACACAUUGAAAAGUUUUACCCACUAACAUUUUUAUUAUUUAAUUUUUUUUUAUAAAAAUACAUGUCUAUUCUUAAGCAAAAACUGUACAAAUCCACAUUUCAAAUAGUAGAUAACUUAUGCAAAAAUGCAUCUAUAUGUUCAGCUUUUUAAUACUGUUUUUUAGAGAGAUUUGUAGUAUGCAGUUUUAUAGCCUGUCAAAUUUUAUUAAAACAAAGUGCAAGUGUGAAGUUUCUGAAAAAUCCGCUGAC